CCCUCCCUUCUAUUGACCCCGUUUCACUCCAGUACAAAGUCCAUGCCUGAAGACCAGGUGAUCUGUCUGAAUAUAAAAACACCCCCUCAAGUCUGACUAGAAACACACAGACACACACAACGUUGUGACCCAUUCAUCCAUCACAGAUACAAACCCUGUGUGCGCUGAUCCAUUUUUUCUAAAAGAAUAAUACCAAAACAUUUAGUGACCAGAGACAGCUUUUAAAUGCACACAGCGCUUGACGACACCUAUAUGAUCGUAUCUGGCUCUGUCACCAGGCAGCUUAGGGGGCACUUUGAGACCACAUAAAUUAAGGACUCACACACACCCACACCACUGGCUACAGUGGUAGGGCUGCAGUUUAUAGCACGACUGGAACACUGACUUCUUGUUUGUGCAGUCCACAUCCAAAGUGAAUUAUCAGGGAAGAGGAAGAGACACGGGAUGACAUGGGAUAUCAUUACAAAAUUCUCAAUAAUGGACUUGCUCCACAGCUCUGGUGUGAGCAGUACAUCCUACCUGCAGACCCACUACAGCCACAGCCAGAGCUACUUCCUAUUAGUCUCCACAGCAACAGACCUACACAGCACCUUCUUCCUAUUGUUCCCUGUAUGGUUCCAUGUACAGCAAGCUGAGGCAGUCAAACUGGUGUGGGUGGCAGUAGUAGGAGACUGGGUCAACCUGAUGCUGAAAUGUGUGUCUGUGACACCACUGUUGUUCAGGCUUCUGUUUGGAGAGCGUCCCUAUUGGUGGGUUCAAGAGACAGGUUACUAUGGCAAUUCCUCCCAGCCAAUGAUAGAGCAGUUCCCCAUGACCUGUGAGACUGGACCAGGAAGUCCGUCAGGCCAUGCCAUGGGGGCUGCAGCAGUCUGCUACACCAUGAUGUCAUCACUCCUCGCCACAGUGCUGAAGAAAGAAGGACAGCGAGUUAGGAAAUGGUGUGUACGUGUCUCACUGUGGAUGCUCUUCGGAUGUGUGCAGAUGUGUGUGUGCCUCUCCAGGGUCUUCGUUGCUGCUCACUUUCCACAUCAGGUCAUCACAGGAGUUAUUAUAGGUAUCCUGGUGGCAGAAUGCCUCAGCCGGGCCCAGCAGAUCUUCAAGGCCCGCCUGCAUUCUUACCUCAUCAUCUCCCUGCUCCUCCUCUCCCUGGCUCUCCUCCUGUAUGCAUGCCUCCAGCUGGUAGGCAUCAAUCUCCUCUGGAGUGUGGAGAAAGCUCGGCGCUGGUGCCACCAAGCAGAGUGGGUCAGCAUGGACACCAGCCCCUUGGCCAGUUUGUUCAGAAACACUGGGACUCUGCUGGGCCUGGGCCUGGGGCUCCACUCUCCUCUGCAUUCUCUCACCAACAGAGCAGCGUUCAGCAAGGGGACUGAUGGUGCCAUCUACAGGUUCAUCUGUUCAAGUGUAACGCUGGUGUUGCUGCAGUUAUUUGAUUCUGCUUUUCAGCCACCUGUCUACAGCGGAGCGCUGUUCUAUCUGCUGUCAUUCUGUAAAAGUGCCACUGUGCCCCUGGCCACUGUGGCUGUUGUUCCCUUCUGUGUGACUGCAGCGCUCGGAUACAAGGGGGAGAAGCUGCUAUGAUGCAGGUGGCCUCAUAUCACAUGUACUGUUAGCUGGAAGCGAACCACAUAUCGUUCCUUUUUUUGAAGAUAUUAAAACAGAGCUUGAUAAAUUUACUCUCAUGAUUGUGGAAUUUUCCAUAAUAAUUAUUAUUUAAGUUGAAAAUAUAGGUUCCAACAACACAUGUUCAUCUUUAGUAUAUACUCUAAAUAUGCCAAAGAACUAACAAAGUUUGAUUUUUUUUUUCUUUCAGUUUUUCUGAUUUUACUAUUUAUAGGUAUGUGUUUGAGUAGAAUAAACAUUUUUGUUUCAUUCUUUAAACUACUGACAACAUUUUUUCCAAAUUCCAAAUAAAAAUAUUGUCAUUUAUAGCAUUUAUUUGCAGAAAAUGACAAAUGGUCAAAAUAACAAAAAAAGGUGCAGUGUUUUCAGAGCUCAAAUAAGCAAAGAAAACAAGUUCAUAUUUAUUU